AUGAAUGAAAAUGAUAAGCAAGAAGUGGAAAAUCAGAUGAAAACAGAAAAUCAGCUUAGUCCUCUAUCUGAUUACAGUUCAGAAUACGAAAAUAUUGGAAGUAAAGUUAUUUCUGAUGCAGAAAAUUCAGAAGAUUAUCAUAAAACAGUAAAUUCUAAUUUCCAAGAUCAAGAAUCAUCAAAUACUCAAAUAAAUUCUGAGUAUACAGUAUUGUUGCAUGAAAAUGGAGAAAUUCAAGUAGAAGAUUCUUCACUUUUGGAUAAUAUACUUGAUUCGAUAGACAGCACUGAAAAUUGCAUUCAGAAUACAGAAAACAUUUCUAAUAUGGAUUUGCCUUUUACUGAUCAAGAAGAAAGUGUCCCUAAUCAGCUGUUGAACAAUUCAAGUGAAUUUGACUAUGUGAAUGACAUCAACUUGGAUGAAUUCCCUGCAUUAUUUAAUACAGANGAAAACAUUUCUAAUAUGGAUUUGCCUUUUACUGAUCAAGAAGAAAGUGUCCCUAAUCAGCUUUCAGAAUACGAAAAUAUUGGAAGUAAAGUUAUUUCUGAUGCAGAAAAUUCAGAAGAUUAUCAUAAAACAGUAAAUUCUAAUUUCCAAGAUCAAGAAUCAUCAAAUACUCAAAUAAAUUCUGAGUAUACAGUAUUGUUGCAUGAAAAUGGAGAAAUUCAAGUAGAAGAUUCUUCACUUUUGGAUAAUAUACUUGAUUCGAUAGACAGCACUGAAAAUUGCAUUCAGAAUACAGAAAACAUUUCUAAUAUGGAUUUGCGUUUUACUGAUCAAGAUGAAAGUGUCCCUAAUCAGCCGUUGAACAAUUCAAGUGAAUUUGACUAUGUGAAUGACAUCAACUUGGAUGAAUUCCCUGCACAAGAAGUGGAAAAUCAGAUAAAAACAGAAAAUCAGCUUAGUCCUCUAUCUGAUUACAGUUCAGAAUAUGAAAAUACUGGAAGUAAAGUUAUUUCUGAUGCAGAAAAUUCAGCAGAUUAUCAUAAAACAGUAAAUUCUAAUUUCCAAGAUGAAGAAUCAUCAAAUACUCAAACAAAUUCUGAGUAUACAGUAUUGUUGCAUGAAAAUGGAGAAAUUCAAGUAGAAGAUUCUUCACUUUUGGAUAAUAUACUUGAUUUGAUAGACAGCACUGAAAACUGCAUUCAGAAUACAGAAAACAUUUCUAAUAUGGAUUUGCGUUUUACUGAUCAAGAUGAAAGUGUCCCUAAUCAGCCGUUGAACAAUUCAAGUGAAUUUGACUAUGUGAAUGACAUCAACUUGGAUGAAUUCCCUGCA